AUGUUGGCCUGUGGCCGGGAGCUGUGUGACGGUGCGCACAUCACUGGGUCGCAUUUCAAUCUGGAGUCGUGGACAUACGUCCGCGUGCGAAGUGCCAACGCUGUAUUUUUCCGUGCCUGCUGCCGGGAUGAUCAGGAGGUCGGAACUCACCAGCGGACACGUCAGACGGAGCGGGCGCUGUUUGACGCGGCACCUCCGGAAGCUAUGGAACGUUAA